AUGAACCAGUUUACUCUCGUUGCCGUGACCGCGGUACUGGUGGCCCUCUACCACAACUACUUCGCACCACAACCCGCAGUAUGGGUGGCGCCCUCGCAGCUUAAGCUCACGUACUUUGCUGGGCCCGGCCGCGCUGAGCUGUCGCGCCUAAUCUUGUCAGCCGGCAACCCCACUCUGCCGCUCGGCCAGGUACCAGUACUCGAGGACCCACUCGAGUGUCUGCGCGUGGACAUGGUGUCCGAGUCGCUCGUUGAUGUAAAGACGCUUAUCUCGGAGAUUGCAUACCGUACUCCGGACGAAGCUGCUAAGACUGAGAAGACAAAGAAACUGCUGGAGGAAAGCGUGCCUAAGACAUAUAAGCUGCUCGAGGAAUUCAUCCAGAAGGGACCCUUCUUCCUGGGCGACAAGAUGACGUACGGAGAUCUGCAGCUCUACGACCUGACUAAGAAUGGACUCGGUAACUUUGCGGGGUUUUCGCUGAGCAAGUAUCCUAAGCUCACAACGCUCGUGAGUAAGGUGGAGUCUAAUCCCAACGUGGCGGCUUAUCUCGUGAAACAUCAACAGUAG